AUGACAAGUCAAGCGGCGGAUUCGCAGAUUAAUCAUGCGGAUGCUAUCAAUUACUGGGAAAACAUAGAAGCAAGUGAUGAUGGAAUGUUGGGCGGCUUUCCGUAUAUCAGUCGAGUGGAUAUACAGGGAUCAAAGAACUUCUUAGGGAAGCUGGGGGUAAAGGGUGCGAAAUUGGGGAGGGCGGUGGAUUGUGGGGCGGGAAUCGGUCGAAUUACAAAAGCAUUGCUUCUUAGUGUUGCUGACACAGUGGAUAUUGUGGAACCAGUAACGAAGUUCUCUUCUGCGCUUAUAGACAAACCUGGAGUUGGCCAAAUAUACUCGGUUGGCCUCGAAGCGUGGACACCAGAUGCAGAAACCAGAUAUGAUUUGAUGUGGAACCAAUGGUGUCUAGGACAUUUGACUGACUCUCAACUGGUGGAGUAUCUUCAAAAAUGUGGAAAGAUGUUGAAUGAAAAUGGUUGGAUCAUAGUGAAAGAAAACAUGAGCACGCAUGCUGGCAAUGAUAUGUUCGACGAGCUGGAUAGCAGCGUCACUAGGACUGAUGAGAAAUUCCGUGCACUCUUUGAGAAAGCCGGCCUGAAGUUAAUGAAAACGGAACUGGCGAAAGGUUUCCCGAAGGGAUUGUACCCUGUCAGGAUAUAUGCAUUGAAACCGGAAUGA